CAAUUGGAUUUUUUAAAUCAAUGUGAAAGUUGGCAUUGUGAUGGUACAUUUGCUGUUGCUCCUAAAAUGUUUGAACAAAUGUACUCUAUACAUGGUUCAAUACGUGGAAAAAGCUUACCAUUAGUUUACUCACUUUUACUUAACAAAGAUGAAAAAGCUUAUGAAGAAUUAUUCAAAAUUGACAAACAACAUGUUACACGUCAACCAAAAUACCUUUUAAUCGAUUUUGAAAAAGCAGCUGAAAAUUCAUUUGGUGUUAUAUAUCUCGAAUGUGAAAUAUUUGGGUGUUUUUUUCAUUUCAAACAAUGUAUCUGGAGACAUAUUUGUGAACUACAUUUGAAAAAAGAAUUCCUUGAAAAUGAUGUUAGUCGUCGAACAAUGAAAAAUUUAGCUGCUCUUGCAUUUAUUCCAUCACAAAAUGUUAUUGAAGAAUUCGCUCGCAUAAAAGAAAAUUCAUCAGAAGUAUUAGACGGUAAAUAA